CGAACGCCGCCGUGUGUUCUUCUGUCUGCCCCAGGAUGAUGAGGUUCGCGCUGCUGGUGGCCGCGGCUCUGGCCGCCGUGCAGGGCGCCGCCGCGCUCAACAACGACCGCUUCAAGGAGGCGCUCAGCUGGAAGGUGCUGGACUACCAGUACCCGAGCGCCGAGGCUAAGGCGGCCGCCGUCAAGUCGGGCGAGUUCGUCGCGGAGAACAGCAACCCGCUCGGCCUGGAGGUGUGGAACGACAAGGUGUUCGUGACCGUGCCCCGCUGGAAGAGCGGCGUGCCGUCCUCGCUCAACUACGUCAAGUACUCCGAGGGAGGCGACAAGUCCCCGGUGCUCGUGCCCUACCCGAGCCUGGAGGCCAACACUCUGAUCAAGGACAGCGAGAAGAAGGCCCUGAAGGAGGGCGAGCUGCCGCACAAGAUCGUGUCCGUCUUCAGGGUGCGCGUCGACGCGUGCGACCGCCUCUGGGUCAUGGACUCGGGCAUCUCUGACCUCAAGGGCGACACCCAGGUGCUGGGCCCCGCCAAGCUGCUCGUGUACGACCUCAAGACCGACAAGCUGCUGCGCCAGUACGCCUUCAAGGCCGAGGACCUCAAGGAGGACUCGUUCUUCGCCAACGUGGUCGUGGACACGACUGCGCAGACCUGCGACGACGCCUACGCCUACGUGCCCGACCUCGGCGGCUACGGCCUGGUCGUGUACUCGUGGAAGGACAACACCUCCUGGCGCAUCAAGCACAACUUCUUCUACUUCGACCCCCUGUCCGGCAACUACAACGUGGACGGCAUCAACUUCCAGUGGACUGACGGCGUGUUCGCGCUGGCCCUGUCUCCCGUUCAGAAGGAGGACGGCUAUCGCACCGUGUACUUCCACCCGCUCUCCAGCACCCACGAGUUCAAGGUAUCUUCGCGCGUCCUCCAGAACAAGACCAUCGCCGAGCUGCCCGAGACAUACUACGCCUUCAACGACCUGGGAACCCGAGGCCCUAACACCCAGUCCUCUGCCUCUUACCUGGACGAGUCCACGGGCGUGCUCUUCUACACCCAGGUGAACCGCGACGGCCUCGCCUGCUGGAACACCAAGUCCAAGGAGUACAACCCCGACACGAACGCGCUCGUGGCUGCCGAUAAGGUGACCAUGAUCUUCCCGAACGACCUCAAGAUCGACCCCAAGGGCAACCUCUGGAUGCUGAGCAACCGCAUGCCCAAGUUCCACUACAAGAGCCUGGACUACAAGGACGUCAACUUCCGCAUCUUCAAGGCGCCGGCCAAGGACCUCAUCAAGGGCACUGUUUGUGAGAAGGCCUAAGUACUUGGAGGACCUUUCCCGACGACCACGGCUGUGACUGUGUGGCUCUUGGACCAACUGACAAUCAAAAUUACCUCAGAGCUUUAAAAAUAUAUACUUUUACGGAUCAAUUAUGUUUUAAUUCUAAUUUUUGAUAGACUUUGUUAAGACUUAAUUAGUUGUUUCUAGUUUGUAAGUUUGCUACGACUGUGACUCCUUUUUUUAUCACAUGAGACGUAUUAAAAAUAUACAUAUUUCUGUGAAA